AAACAUCAUCCCAGACACAAUUCAACCCACUCGAUAUGGCACAAUCAUCUCAAUCCCCUUUUAAUGAACGCGAUGCCGGUCUCUUGAUGGUAUUUGCAGACCCUGGAAAAGAGGCAACAGAGGCAGAGUUCCAUGAAUGGUACGAGAACGAACAUAUCCCUUUACGUACCUCUACUCUUCCCGAAUUUUUAUCAGCAGCAAGAUACAAAGUCACAUCAUCCAACUUCGUCUCAUCAACAGAUCCAAAUCCUUCAGCCGCAUUCAAGGCACCUUGGUGUGCCUAUUACACAAUCUCUUCCAAUGCUCUUUUCACUGAUUCACGUUAUACAGAUUUACGUACAAAUCGAUCAAAACGUGAAGGUGAAUUGAUCGGUAGGCUAGGCGUUUUGGAUCGUAGGAUUUACAGAUUAAUUUAUGAUAGUGCGGCAGAAGGUGCGAUUGAUAUUGCUGCUGAUAGCAGAGAUGGAAUUGGACCAGCACCUGCAGAUUUAUCACCUCAAUCAAAAGAAGAUGUUGAAAAGAAUGCUACUUAUGCAGUCGCCACAAGUGUUACACCAGCUGAAGGAAAUAAGAAGGCUUACGAUGAAUGGUAUGCUCGUGAACAUGUCGGCAUGUUGAAGAAAGUACCAGGUUGGAAACGAACAAGGAGGUAUGAAUUAAUCGAUGCUUUGGUUAAUGGAAAGGAUGUGAAGCCUAAUAAUGGUGAUGCGGCCGAAAUACCAAUCUGUUUAGGUCUUCAUGAAUAUUCCACACCCGAUUUUGAGCAAACGGAAGAAUACAAAGCCGCACUCGAUACACCUUGGCGAUCUCAAGUGAUCGAAGGAGGAAUUGUGCGUCGGGAAAGGAGGGUGAUGAAUCUCUAUCAUGCCUUUAAUCCGGACUCAGCUAUCAAAGCACAAGGAAAUUCACUUUAA